GGAACUGGCAAGGAAUAUAUGAAUUCAAGUGACUCCAUCGAUUGUCCAAAAACACACCGCGUUUCCAUACCAACACCUCUCCAAAUUUUCUCGUCUGUUCCUUGUUUUCCUGCAAUGGUAGGCCCCUUCAGCGCCGGCGGCGAUCGCAGGGUGGUUAGAGUCGCCAUCGUAGGCGACGGUGGUACCGGAAAAUCCACACUCGUUGCCGCAAUGGCGUCGGAAUCUUUCCCCGAGUCCGUUCCGCCCGUGCUCCCUCCCACUCGCCUGCCUCAUAAUCUCUAUCCCGAUUCCGUUCCUCUCACCCUCAUUGACACACCUUCCAGCUUCGAAAAGCAAGGCGCGCGCAGUGAAGAAUUGAAGCGAGCUGACACGGUGGUCUUAACCUAUGCUUGCGACGAACCAUUGAGCUUUGAGCGUUUGAGUACUUACUGGCUCCCUGAACUGCGGAAGUUGGAGGUGAAGGCACCUGUGAUUGUAGUUGGCUGUAAGCUUGACCUUCGGAAUGAAAAUCAGCUAGUGAGCUUAGAGAGUCUCACAACAAAUAUCAUGCAACAGUUCACAGAAAUUGUCACUUGUGUUGAAUGCUCUGCUGUUACACUUUUCCAGGUCCCAGAAGUUUUUUAUUUUGCCCUAAAAGCAGUACUGCAUCCAGUAGAUCCAUUGUUUGAUUAUAAAAGACAUGGUUUGACAGAUCCAUGUGUGAGGGCUUUAAGAAGAAUAUUUAUUCUAUGCGAUCAAGACAUGGAUGGUGCUCUCAAUGAUGAAGAGCUAAAUGAGUUUCAGGUUAAAUGCUUCAAUGCAGCAUUGCAGCCAUCUGAAAUAGUAAAAGUCAAAUCGAUUGUGCAGCAGAAAGUACCUGCUGGAGUCAACUCUGUUGGUCUUACCUUUCCAGGCUUUAUUUAUGUCAAUAACAUGUUUCUACAGAAAGGGCGAACAGAGACAUUGUGGGCCGUUCUAAGAAAGUUUGGAUAUGAUAAUGAUUUAAAACUCCGGGAUGAUUUCCUUCCAGUUCCAUCGAUGCAUGCUUCUGAUCAGAGUGUGGAGCUGACAUGUGAAGCCGUAGAGUUUCUGAAUGAUAUCUUUCAAUUGUUAGAUACAGAUAAAGAUCUAACUCUACGACCUGCCGAAGUUGAUAACCUAUUUGAUACUGCUCCAGAAAGUCCAUGGAACAAUGCCCCAUAUAAGGAUGCAGCAGAGAAAACUGAUAUGGGCUAUAUCUCUCUAAAUGGAUUUCUGUCUCAGUGGGCCCUCAUGACAUUACUUGAUCCAAAACUUAGCUUGGCUAAUUUGAUUUACAUUGGAUAUAAGGGUAAUCCUGCUGCAGCACUCCAUAUCACUCGUAAAAGGUCAUUAAAUCGCAAGAAGCAAACUACAAAAAGAAAUGUGUUCCAAUGCUAUGUUUUUGGUUCUAAACAGGCUGGGAAAUCUGCUUUGCUGUACUCGUUACUGGGAAGGCCUUUCUCAAAUAAUUAUGUUCCAACAACAGUUGAGCAGUAUGCGGCAAAUGUCAUUGAACUAAAAGGGGUAACCCGGAAAAUUCUCAUAUUGCGUGAGAUACCCGAGGAUAGAUUACCGGAACUUUUGUCAAAUCAGGAUUUUUUGGCUGCAUGCGAUGUAGCUGUUUUUGUGUAUGACAGCUCAGAUGAGUAUUCAUGGAAGAAAUCCAGAGAUUUGCUUGAGAAGGUCGUUAAACAUGGAGAACUAACUGGUUAUAGAACCCCUUGCCUGGUUAUCGCUGCUAAGGAUGAUUUAUCUCCAUUGCCAAGGGCAGUACUAGAUUCAUUCAAGGUUACCCAGGAAUUGGGAAUAAAGGCACCUGUUCACGUCAGUAUGAAACUAGGUGAUUCGAGUAAUGUGUAUAACAAAAUUAUUAAUGCAGCAGAAAACCCUCAUUUGAGCAUUCCAGAAACUGAGAUUUCGCGAAGAAAGAAGCAAAACCACCAGUUUCAUCGCUCUCUGAUUUUUGCCUUGGUUGGGGCUGCUAUGGCAGUUGCCGGUUUGACAGCUUGUCGCGUGCGUGCAGCAAAGAAGAAUGCUACUACUGCUUAGCAAUCAAACAACCGUUAUGCUAUUGCUUCUAACUUUUUAACAGUAUUUUUCUUUCUAACCUUGGUCUACCUAAAGUUAAAUGUUUGAUAUAUAGUAAUUACAAAUCACCUUCAUUGUUGUUGUAAGCAUGCUUUAACAAGGCUUCUUCAAUAUGAUUUACAUCUAGGUUUUUUUUUUUUUUUUUUUUUUUUUUUUUUUUUUUUUUUUUUUUUUUUUUUUUUUUUUCAUUGGAUACAUUGUAACCUCUCUAAUCCGAUCAAACCAUUUCAAGACGUUUCGAUACUAUUCUCCCAAACCAUUUUUUUUUAUCCCUUCCAACACCCAUUUGGAGUCAACCUGUGGAGGUAGGUAAGGAACAUGAAAGCCAGUCAAAUGUGACGUUUAAGAUAAUCAUUGAAAAUGUUAACAAGCUUAUUAUUCAUGUAACUAGUUGUGACUGGACGAUAUUAAAAACUGUUUUAUCUGUUUAUCCAAUGUUUUUUUCUUAACAAUUUCCUCUAACCAGGUUUGUGUGAGAUGUUGUAAUGUUUCCUAAAACCAAACCAACCACACAAUAUUAAAGUUAUAUUUUGUCAUUUCAGUGAAGUGAUUCAUUGGAGAAAAUUUCUAACGAACAAUAAGGAAACAAAUCAGGAUACACAAGGGGAGGGAAAAUUUCUACUUACAAUAAUGUAUGAUUCUCGUAAAGGUGAACGCAUUUUACGCAUGCAAUUGCUUUUUCGAAUAGUUAUGUCCAUUAAUGU